AUGGCCACCGGUUUUGAAUUUCCAAGAAUAGCUUAUCCAGGUAAACUGAUAUGCCCUCAAUACACUACAGAAAAUAGAAAUGGCGAUGAUAUAAUUUUUAAUUAUGUUUGUGGCCCAGGAACGAAACUGCUUCGUUAUGAGCACAAUGGAGCACAAUUAGAAGCGAUAACCGCCACACUAAUUGGGACAGUAAGAUGCGAUGAAGAAAAAAGAACUGAUGAGGAAGAAGAACGUGAGGCCACUAACCCAUCUACAGAGGAGGAAAAAUCAGUAGAUAAAUCUUCCAGUGAUGUGUCAAAAAGAAUUGUAAAGUUUAUCAGAGUUUCAGUAGUUCCGGUGACAAACAAUGAUUGUAAAACCAGUAAAGAUGCCAGUAAUGAUUUUGCUAACAAUCUACCGAAAGAAGGUGAUAUUGUACUGACCAGAGUGACCAGACUUUCAUUACAACGAGCUAAUGUCGAGAUUUUAGCUGUGGAAGACAAACCAUCCCCAAUUGAUAGUGGUGUUGGUAGCAAUGGAAUGGGAAUAAUUGCGGCAUCUGGCGGCUCAGGAGCAGCUACAUUCUCUGUUUCUCAAGCAUCAUCUGAUCUAGGUGAGACAUUUAGAGGUAUAAUCAGGUCCCAGGAUGUGAGGUCCACUGACAGAGAUCGGGUGAAGGUAAUAGAUUGUUUCAAGCCGGGUGAUAUUGUAAGAGCACAAGUUUUAUCUUUAGGCGAUGGUACUAACUAUUAUUUGACCACUGCAAGGAAUGACCUGGGAGUGGUUUUUGCCAGGGCGGCCAAUGGCGCUGGUGGGUUAAUGUAUGCGACAGACUGGCAAAUGAUGACCUCACCAGCUACAGGCGCAACUGAGAAGCGUAAGUGUGCCAAACCCUUUUAA